CCACCUUUACUCUUACAACCACAGUAUCCCUAGCAGCAGCAUUUGGUAUCUUCACAAGAUCUCCCACCAACCACCACCAUCUUUCUCGCCGCCUCCGACCUCCAACUACCUCCCCAAACAAUGGCCAUGGUUUCAACUUCUCUCACACCAGCAUCGCAACUCUCCGGCCAUAAAUCAGCCGCCGGUUCUCCACCUCUUUUCUCUGGACUCCGCCGCUCCUCGAAGCUCGACUCUGCUUCGCUCUCCACUACUCAGUCGUUCUUUCAAUCGGUCAAUUCUCACAUCCGUAUCUGUUCUCCUUCUACUCGACCUUGCAGAGGCAUCGUCGCCAUGGCCGGCACCGGAAAGUUCUUUGUUGGCGGCAACUGGAAGUGUAAUGGGACAAAAGACUCUAUCAAGCAGCUAGUCUCAGACUUGAACAGUGCGACUCUGGAGCCUGAUGUUGAUGUUGUUGUGGGACCCCCUUUUGUUUAUAUUGAUCAAGUAAAGAGCUCUUUAACUGACCGCAUUGAAAUAGCUGCACAAAAUUCUUGGAUUGGAAAAGGUGGAGCAUUUACCGGAGAGAUCAGUGCGGAGCAAUUGACAGAUAUCGGAUGCAAAUGGGUAAUUCUUGGACAUUCUGAGAGGAGACAUGUGAUCGGGGAAGAUGAUCAGUUUAUAGGUAAGAAGGCUGCCUAUGCCUUGGGCCAGAAUCUUGGAGUAAUCGCUUGCAUUGGAGAACUCUUGGAAGAAAGAGAAGCUGGCAAAACUUUUGAAGUUUGUUUCAAGCAAUUGAAAGCCUAUGCAGAUGCCGUGCCCAGUUGGGAUAACAUAGUGAUUGCAUACGAGCCUGUAUGGGCUAUUGGAACCGGUAAAGUGGCCUCACCCGAGCAGGCUCAGGAAGUACAUGUUGCUGUUCGUGACUGGCUUGCUAAAAAUGUGUCAGCCGAAGUUGCAUCUAAGACACGUAUCAUCUAUGGAGGAUCCGUAAAUGCUGGCAACUCCGCUGAGCUGGCCAAAAAAGAAGACAUUGAUGGAUUUCUGGUUGGUGGUGCUUCUUUAAAGGGUUCUGAUUUUGCAACCAUCAUUAACUCCGUGACUGCUAAAAAGGUUGCUGCUUGAUCAUCGAGUCUCAUUCGGUUUUUGGAUUGGGGGCAAGUAAGUACCUUAGAGUAUCAUCUUAGUUCAGGUUAUGAUCCUAUCGGCAUGCAAGCCAAUUGAAUUUAGCAGUUCAAUCCAUCUCAUUUCACUCCGCUUUUAAAAACGGAUACAUAGCACUUCAAUAUGCACUAUGUGCAAUUUCUUUUACACAUAAUUUGUAAUAGACGUUUAUCACCCCAGGUCCACAAGACUUCUGGUCACAACUUUGAAGUAAAACAAGAACACAGAAAUAUGCAAUAAAGUAAAUGGGAAAUUUAUGCAAAUGCACUUUUGUUUA